AAAUAAAAGGUGAUCCCAUACUAUAAAGACUACUAAAGAUGGAUGAAAAGCGCCCUGAAACUCCAGAGAGUGGUGUCCCUUUAGAAAAGAAAUGCAACAUUCAGCACAGAUCAGACUUGUUGAUGGAACAUCAUAUACAAAAUGUGCAGCAGACGCAAGAUGCACUGAAAUUUGCCCUCGUUGAUCUGGAACAUGCUAAGAAUGAAGAUGAGAUUGAAGAACUCCGGGUCAGAGUUCACGAAUUGCAAAAGAAAUCUGAAUGGCAAAUGACAACACUGCAGGUGAUGCACAAGCUGAACACCGAACUGUCGUAUGCCCGAGCUGAUCUGGACGAGGCUCUGUACAAUGGGAACGGUGACAUCAACGCUGCCCGUAAGAGAGUCAUCUGGCUGGAGGACAGGAUGGGCACCCUCUGUGGCAAGAAACGGCUUACGAGUCGACCUUCUGUACAUCAACUUUCUAUUCAAGUUCACGCCACUGACACUGAUGAUGAUGCUGAACAAGAUACCUCUAGAAAAGAGAAAGGCAAAAUGGUUGACAGUCUGGCUCUGUCACUGUACAGAGAAGGAAGUACUUUCUCGUCCGAUACAGAUAGAACUCCUCGUUUUCGAUACAGUUCAUCCAUAAUCACUCCCGACAAACCAAUCUCUACAAGAAGGAGUCGAUCAGAAACAGAUGUUGAAGAGAAGAAAAAGAAACUCGAGGAGCUAGAAAAAGAAAAGUUGCCUGAAAUUGAACAUAAAGAAGAAGAUGAGGAAGAAGAUGAUGUAGGAGAGGAGGAAAGUGAAGAAGCAGACGACAGUGAAGUUGAAGGUCGUGGACUAGCAAGUCCAAGUUCAGAUAUGAUCGUUUCAUCCCAGGACAGCACGGAACCUCAUUCAGAUGAUGUAAAACUGGACAAGGAAUCUGAUAAAAUGGCUGUGGAACAAAAAGCUGAGGAUAUUUUUCUCACAGAGGUUACAGAAACUCCCAAGAGCAAGGUCACCAUUCAGACUCCUGGAACUAUGGAGAGAGCACAGACUUUUCCUGUAGCAGUGAAAGACCCAGCCACAGAAUACUGGGAGUCUGAGCACCACCGUUUUGAGAAGACCGACUUCUCUGAUGUCUUGUGUGAACUCGACCCAUCAUCAUACCACAGUGUGCCUCUAGCCGUCCCAGGCUGCUUCAUUGGAAAAGAAGAGAGUUGCCCUAAUUUUCGUGAGUUGCCCUGGAAAUCUAAUCUGAAAGAUACAGACAUCAAAGAUAUUCAUAGAAUAGCUCUAGACAGACUAGCCAUGAGGGUACAUGGUAUGUACGACAAGGUCUAUUCUGCUGCCAUGUUAUCCGUAAACCUGAGUCGCAAACCAGAUGACCAACGGCGGGAAACAAGCUUCUUCACCAGUCGAGAGAAUAAUCUUUUGGGUAAAGAUAAAAAGGAAGAUUCCAGCCGUCCUCCAUCCGGUGAUGACUCGAGGUCUGUCAUUGUUCUACCUAAGAUUGAGCCACGCCGUCUGGGAACGUCCGCGUCACGACAUCUCGUGUACUAUCCCAAACCCAUCCCUCCACCAGAGGUUCUACCCAUUACCAGAACGGUCUGUACUCCUAAUAAAAGCCAUGAAUUUCCAAAAUUUGCAAGUUUCUUCGGAGACCCAGAUGAGGCCCAGGAGGAACCUGCUGUAAGAAUUGUUGACCAGCGGAAUCUGCUGGAAGAAACCAAACUGGUCUUAUACAGAGAGAAGAAGAAGCCCAAGAAAAAUGUUCUGAGCACCAAUGAGAAACGCUUUAGACGUAUGAUUGAACGAGAAAAGACUGCAGGGAGCAAGGCUUCAUCAAAGAAGUUGAAGAAAACAUUUCGACUGGCUAAAUCAAUUGCACAGUUGAAAGGAGGUAUCAGUGCCUGGCCACAGAUUAAACCACAGACAAAAGGCAAUGAAUACUCUGGACUUAGAUGGGAGAGAGUGAAGGGGAUUGUUCACUCCAAUCUUAUGUCCGAUAAACCCGAGGAGAGAAAAGAUGCUGCUAAGCAACUGGGUGCACUGCGUUGUGGUGACACGAUGGUCUUCUAUGCACUUAAACAGAGGCUGACAGAUGACGAAGACAUGAGAGUUCGAUAUGAGGCGGCAAAAUCUCUUGUUCUUCUCGGUUCCUGGGAAGAAGAUGUCUUACAGGUCGUUUUGAAAUUUUUGCUAAUUGGCAACUCUGAGAUUCGCAGUGACCUCAUCCGUACCAUGAUGAAUGGGAAAAAUGUGCAGUAUGUUAACAAAACAGUGAAUGUGUUUGUUGAACUGGUGAAAAUAUUGAGCCAUUUCUGUCGGAACCCCGACCCUGAUGACAUGACCUCGUUUGAGGCAGCGGUUCUGCUUGGACGACUCUGUGUAGCAGACGUCAAUGCGAAGAAAAAACUAAAAGAUUCUCUUCAUCAGAGUCAUGACACUCACAUCAAGGCCAAGGCUCUCGAAGUCCUUGUGAAGCAGCUCAACUGUACAGACUCGGUUGUUGUGCACAAUGUUCAAAACCUUCUGCGCACGUCGCCGUCUUGGAAACACAGGGAGCUAGCAGCCAAGCUUCUCAUCUCGCUGGGACCUGGCCAUCCGUGUGUGUUGGAUGCUUAUGAAAACAUUUAUGGUUUACUGGAGCGGAAACUGUGGGAUGAUCCAAAUGCAGAUGUUAGGAUUGCUUCUGCCAAGGCACUCACCGCAUUGGGGAUGUUCACAAGAGCCUGUGAGUCAACAGAAAAGAAGCUUGAAAACUCUGAGGAAGAUGUUAGAUCCCAGGCUGCCAUUUCUGUUGGAACUCUGGGAAUGAAGAGUGAAAAGCUGACUCGACUUCUGCUGGAGAUGUUAGAGCUGGACUCCAGUGAAUAUGUCCGUCUGAUGAUUGUCAGAUCAUUUGCGAUAUUGAAACUAGCUGACAAGAGAGUGAUAAGAACUCUAAAAGAGCGUGAGAAAUUAGAGGGACCACUAGCCAGGGAAUCGCGGAAGACCCUUCAACUCCUGGAAACAGCUGGUUCUUCAUCCACUCCUAAAACACUGACUCCGAAAACCAUGACUUCCAAGACAAUGACUCCUUCAUCAAGAGCAACAAGAAUUUCAGUGUAAUGGACUCCAUGCAAACCUGUGACUUCUUCUAAGAAAGAAACAAAUAUUACAAUUUAAUGGACUACCAAGGCUUCAACUUCUUCCUCAAGAGUCGAUUCCCAUCAGUGAGCCCAUUGGGCUAUUUCUCACUCCAGCCAGUGCACCAUGGCUGGUACGCCAAAGUCUGUGGUAUGUGCUAUCCUG